AGCGCCACUGGCACGACUGGCUAGAUUUCAAGUUAGCAGGUAAGCUAAGUAAAUUAGCAGUUAUACUUAUUCUGUUUGUGAUGGCGGAGGGAAGCUCUAACGCGGCCAACCUGCCUCCCGGAGACCCGCAGCUUAUUAAUAUGAUUGUGGAGCAUCUGAAAAACCGGGGGCUUUUUGAUGAGUUCCGUCGCGACUGUCUCGCCGACGUUGAUACAAAGCCUGCCUAUCAGAACCUGCGGCAGAAAGUGGACAACUAUGUCACUUCAAACCUGAGCACACAGGACUGGAACCCGUCCAUCAACAAGAACCAGAUGAGGAACGGACUGAGACAGAGUGUUGUUCAGUCUGGUAUGCUGGAGUCUGGAGUGGACAGGAUCAUCACUCAGGUCGUGGACCCCAAGAUGAACCACACUUUCCGGCCGCACAUAGAAACUGCCAUUCAUGAUUUCUUGUCAGGGGACAGGAGGGAGGAGAACGCUUUGAGUUGUAACUCUGCUCCGUCUGAACAGACAGAACUACAGGAGGCCCCGCCUGCCUCUGGCCCCAAAACCCCCUCUGAACUAAAUAUGGCGAACUUCCCCGCGGUGUUCCUCCUGCUGCUGGCCUGUCAACAGGUGCUGACCAUGGAGCUGCAUGAUAUCCAGGAGAAACAACUGAGCCAGACCAAGAGACGCCUCUCCCCGCAGAGCACAGCGGAAAUUCAGAGUUGUCUGGUGAGUUCAGGGGAUGUCGGCUGUGGGAAUUUUCAGUGUUUCAACAACAACUCCUGUGAAAUCCAAGGUCUGCACCAAAUCUGUCUCACUCUGCUGCACAACGCCGGGCGCUACGACUCACAGGGUAAGUCCUUUGUGAAGGAUGCGUUGCGCUGCAUGGCUCUGGGCCUGCGGCAGCGCUUCAGCUGUGUGAGCCGCCGGUGCUCCGCGGUGAGGGAGAUGGUGUUCUCGCUGCAGAGGGAAUGCUACUCCAAACACCAGCUCUGCCUGGCGCUGAGAGACCACAUGGACACCAUGGGCAGCCUGGUGCAGUUCCACCUCAUGUUCCCCCCGGGACCGUAUGUGGAGCUAAUGAACUUCCUGUUGAAGUGUGGGGAAGACGUCAGGCUGUGGGUCGGCCAGCGGCUGCGCGGACAGUGUGAGCAGCACUGGGGGGGGCUGUGCAGCAGCUUUGAAAGUACAUGCUCUCUCAGCCAAUCGGACGACCUGGAGGUUACCAACAUCACACCACCAUGGCCUACCACAGCUGAAGGACACCUGCUGCAGCCCUCCAGACCCACCGAGGACAGAAACACACUCAGUCAGGUCAACAACGCGACCCAAUCUGGUUCACCUGUGCCUGGGAAAUCCAAUGUGACCUCUUCAUAAACAGACCGGUGGUGCAGAAAGGGUUCACAAAGAUGAUGCACUUAUUACUAUUAUAUUAGCAGAAUGAGUGUCAGUAGUGGUAGUAGUUGUGUGUUGUAUUGCUGGUAAAAGCAAUGCAACAUAUCUUAUUUAAUCUGUUGGGUAUUUGUGCUAUAUAUAUAUAUAUUACUAUUUUCCUUGACAUUUGACUUUGUACAAGAAUGAAAACCAGUUAUCUACCUCACCUCGACAGUUAACCAGUGGCUGUAUCCUUCAGCAAGACACACACACACACACACACACACACACACACACACACACACACA